UUCGCGAUGGCAGCAGCUUAUAAACCUGCUUUUUCUGCCGAUCAGUACUCCUGCCCGGUGUGUCUGGAGGUCCUGAAGGAGCCGGUCACUCUCAUAUGCGGACACAACUACUGCGUGGACUGCAUCAAUGACUACUGGAACCAGCCUGACACAGAGGGGGGCUACAAGUGUCCUCAGUGCAGACGGCCAUUUAACGAGAGGCCAGAGCAACAAAACAUCGUAUUAACAGAACUGAUCGAGAAACUGAAGGAGGCUACAGACGACGGAGGACCGUCUGAGAGUUAUGCUGGACCUGACGACGUGUCCUGUGAUGUUUGUACGGGGAGAAAACUGAAAGCCGUGAAGAGCUGCCUGACCUGUAUGGCCUCCUACUGUGAGAUUCAUCUGCAGCCGCAUCUGCGAUCUGAAGUUCUGAAAAGACACAAACUGGGAGAGUCGACUGGAAAUCUCGAAGAGAAAAUCUGUGAGAAGCAUCAGAAAGUUCUGGAAAUCUACUGCAGGUCCGACCAGACGUGUGUGUGCUUAGUUUGUGUGGCGACUGAACAUAAGAAUCACGACACGGUGACACCUGAAGAAGAGCGAGCAGCGAGACAG